CAUUACUUUCCAACUAUUAAUAUUCAAACUUCAGAGUAUUCAUUCAUAUUCAUAUGUGAAUAAUUCUAUUCUAUUAUUCUAUAUAUCUUUCUACAUCUAUUUUCACUCUCGAUCACGAACACCACCACCACCAUAUUCACCAUGGCUUUGUCUCUCAAACUAGCCAUAGUUUCCGGUACCGUCUUGUCAACCGCGGUCAUGUUAAAACUUUUAUCACCUUUCAUUAUGGAUUUUGCAGUAUCCGAUCUUCCAACCAUAUGGACAUCCUUAAUAGCAUGGCUUAAACCACCUUAUCUUUACGUUGUCAUAAAUUGUAUCAUUAUUACUAUUGUAGCUUCUUCAAGGUUACAAUCGAAAUUUGAGGGUUCACACUCGUUUUCAACUUACCCUACACCGGUUCAACAUGUUGAACCGGUUAAGGUAGUUCAACAUAUUGAACUAACACCGGCAGUUAUACCAUUUCAUACAGACUCACUGGUGAAUGAACCGGUGAUGAUUUCUAAUGUUAGUGUUUAUAAUAAUAGCCCAAAAUUUGUUCAAGUUGUUCCUGAACAAGAUUUUGGGCUAUUGGAGAAUAAACCGGUGAAGGUUUCGACUGGUAGUUAUGAUAGUGGUGCGCAAUUUGUUCAUGCUUCGGAACCGGAUUUGGUUGCUAUUAAUGAAUUAGUUAUGGAUGAUGAAAUGAGGAUAGCAAAGCAAGCUUAUGAAGAGAUUAAGAGAAAUAGUAAGGUUAAGAAGUCUGUAAUAUCGAUGUCCACGUGGACACCUUCAAAAAUGAAUCAAGUAGAUUUAUCUUCACCGAUGGCGAAACCACCGGCUUCGGCUAGAUUUAGCCAUCGGAAACAAGCCAAAGCCAACCUCGAAGGUGGAAGAACAUUGGGUGUAGCAAAACCAAAGAAGCAAGAAACGUUGGAGAGCACGUGGAAGACAAUUACCGAGGGCCGAGGGGUGCCUCUAACAAGGCACCUUCGUAAAUCCGACACCUGGGAGACCCACGGUCAACGUGACACUCCCAACUCGGAGGAUUUGUCGAUUGAUCAUGAUCAUUCUGAAAGAAUGACAAAAUCUGACACGUUUAAUGUCAACAAGAACAUUAGCGGCAGAGGCAGUAGCAAAAAGCCGCCGCCUCUUCCGUCCAAAUUAAGCCGCUCGGGUGGCUCGGGAAGGCUAAAGAAGGAACCAUCUUUGGGACAAGAGGAGUUGAAUCGGAAAGUGGAAGCAUUCAUCAAGAAAUUUAACGAGGAUAUGAGAUUACAAAGACAAGAAUCUAUGAAUCAAUACAUGGAGAUGAUUAACCGUGGGGCCCAGUAAUUUAACAACCGUAGUUACGUUUUGGAUUUUGUUCAGGACCAUUAAGAUAGUGGAUAAUGUUUCAUAGAUUGUCCUUUUUGUUUUACUUCUUUUGUGUUGGUCAUGGACAAAUUGAUGGUAAUGUUGUAGAAUCUUAUUAUAGUGGUUAAUUCUUGUA